UGGUAUCCAGGCGCAGAGGCCCCGAGCUACCUGGACGGUUCUCUGCCCGGAGACCGUGGCUUCGACCCAAUGCGCCUGGCUGCCAACCCCAGCACCCUGCCCUGGCUGGUGGAGGGAGAGCUGUACAACGGGCGCGUUGCCAUGCUCGCAGUCGCAGGCAUCCUCCUUGUAGAGGCCGCAGGCCUGGGCCCCUGGUGGUCUGCCCCCUUCAGGGUUGACUGGCCGCUGCCGUACUGGCCAGGCGUGGUGGUGUUCCACGCCAUCUACGCAGCCUUCGAGGUCAAGAGGUUCGACAACUUCCAGAAGUACGGCGAGACCGGCCUGCUGGGCUUUGUGCCCUUUGACCCCCUGAACAUGCGCGAUGACUACAAGCGCCAGAGCGAAGUGCGCAAUGGAAGGUUGGCGAUGCUGGCGUUCAUCGGCUUUGCCAGCCAGGCAGCCAACACCGGCAAGGGCCCCCUGGAGAACCUCAAGGACCACAUCGCCGACCCCACCCACAACAACAUCUUUGCAUCCAAGGUGGGCCCAGAGGUGACGCUGGCUGUGAUUGCCAUCACACUGACCCCCAUCGUGCUGGAGGCUCGCAAGCAGCUGGGGGGCGGAGAGAAG